GACGACGACCUCCGAGUCCGCAGUUGGAGUCUUCGAGCGAGGUUCGGAGGGUUGAGGAAGAACUCUAGAACCGCUGUUUUCGCUCUCCCUUGGCAGGAGGCUUCGAGGUGGCAGAAGGAACAUCUGAUGUUCUCUCAGCCGCGAUUCAUGAUGUUGACGUCAGUCGUUCGUUGCGCUAGGGCGGGAGUUCGUAGUCUAAGUACUAGCUCUGCGCUGAGUAGCGAUAAGUUGUUCGUACACCGAGAUUCAGAGAAGAACAACUUGGAUAUAAAGUUCGAGUUCAGCGCUGAGAAUUUGAAGAGAGCAAAAGCGAUCAUUGCCGUGUAUCCCGAGGGUCAUUCGAAUGCCGCGCUGCUCCCUCUUCUGGAUCUCGCUCAGCGUCAGGCCGGAUGGUUGCCCAUCUCUGCAAUGAACUACGUCGCAGAGUAUCUUGGCAUGCCGAGAAUCCGAGUCUAUGAAGUUGCGACUUUCUAUACAAUGUACAACAGAGAACCAGUCGGGAAAUUCCACAUCCAAAUCUGCACGACGACCCCGUGCAUGCUGCGCGGAGCAGAGGACGUCCAGGCCCACAUCGAGAAGAAACUCGCUAUCAAAAACGGAGAAACAACCAAGGACGGACUCUUCACCCUUUCGGUGGUCGAGUGUCUAGGAGCGUGUGUGAAUGCUCCCAUGCUGCAAAUCAACGACGACUACUACGAGGAUCUCACAAACAAGGAUGUCGACCAUAUCCUCGACGAGCUGAAAGCCGGCAAGAAGCCCAAAAUCGGGCCCUACAACGGGCGCAAGGCAGGAGAACCCGCCGGAGGCCUGACCUGCCUAACCGAGCCACCCAAGGGCCCCGGAUUCAAAGUCCAAUCGGGCUUGUAGUUUAUAAGGAUCGGACUUUGGGCUCAAUGUUCAAUCGAGGCUUACGAUCAUAUGUUCUUGUUUAAUCCUCGCUCUCGUAGCAGAUGUUACUUCUGCGAUUCAUGUGAAAUAAAUAGAGCAAGGUCUUUGCGGCUA